UUUUAAUAUUUCAUUUAAAUUGCUUAAAAAAAUUAAGUAAAAAAUUGCCAAAAAAUAGGAAAUGAUUCAAUGAUUCUAUUUCGUCUUGAAUUUUUUAUAUGUUGUCGAUAUAUGGACGAUGUUAAUGGUGACAUUAACUUUUGUUUUUACAGAAUUUAUAUAAUUUAAAAUUUAAUUAAAAAAUUUAAACAUUAAUUUUUAAUUGCAAAAAAAUAGAAAUUGAAAAAAAUUAAUGUGGUUGUAGGAAUGGAGCCGUCAAGGAGAGGGCAACCCCAAGAGCGUAAUAUUGGCUGGGAGCAUGGGAAGAUGCUCGGUGAACGGCACCAGUUUCAGUGCAAUUAUUGCCACAAGUGCUUCAAAGGAGGAGUAACCAGAUUAAAGCAGCACUUAGCCGGUAAUUCUCGUGAGAUAUCUGCAUGCUCGGAGUGCCCACCGAGCACCCGUCAGCUGAUGAGAAAAAACCUCGCUGAGAUCAAAGCAGCCAAGGAGAGAGCUGCCAUGCAAAAAGCGAAGGUGGAACGCCAAGCUGCAGAAGCACCUUCCUAUCACUUGAUGGAGUCACAGGAGGUCGAGGGUCCAGAUGAGGAGGCACAGAUCCAGCCUGCCAUGCGGGCGAGUCUGGAUGAUCGGUGGCAGCAGGAGGAGGUGGCGAGGCAUCGGGCUCGAUUUGGGCCCUCGUUUUUCGAGUCGGACGUCGGUUCUGGUGGAAGCAGACAAGAUCCAGAGUUUCAAAGGACAACCUCAGUCAGGGAGGGCGAGGGCAUAGGACGUAGCCGGAUUGCAUCUAUGCUGGGUGGUUUUGGUGGCCGAAAGAAGUCUUCCGGAGGGAUUCCACCAGGUGCGUCAAUCCAUGAUGUAGAUCCGCAUGCCUUCCCCAGGAGAGAUUCGAAGCAGCAAAGGGUAGACACAAUGUGGAAGAAGGAGAAAAAGAAGGAUAUGUGGCGAGCUAUUGGAUCCUGGUUCCACUUCAGCCACAUUCCAGCGAAUGCUGCAGACAAUACAUACUACAAGUCUGCCAUUUCUGCCAUACAGUCUGCCGGUCCCGGUGUUGAUCCUCCAGGCCCGAGGGACAUCUACGGUGAGCUUCUUGACAACAAUAAGGAGGAGCUAGAGAAUUGGAUUGGCUCAUAUAAGAGCAAGUGGCCCACAUAUGGGCUCACUCUGAUGUGUGAUGGUUGGACCGGUCCGACAAAGCGGGCCAUCAUCAACUUUCUGACAUACUGUGAUACGAAGACCUUCUUCCACAAGUCAGUUGAUGCUUCAGAUAAGAUGCACAAUGCCUCAUACAUCCUCAGACUUAUGGAGGAGGUGAUUGAUCAGAUUGGAGAGGAGAAUAUCGUGCAGGUCGUCACUGAUAACGGGCCGCAAUAUAAGUUGACCGGGCAGGUCUUGAUGGAGCGGCGACCACAAAUUUUCUGGACUCCAUGUGCUGCACAUUGCAUCGACCUCAUCCUGAUGGACAUUGGAAAGAUCCGUAGGGUGCAACAUACGGUGGAGAUAGCCCAACGCAUCACCAGGUAUAUUUAUAGCCAUACUUGGGUUAUUUCAUUAAUGAGAAAGUAUGCAGGGGGAGAAAUUCUUAGACCAGGAGUCACACGGUUUGCUAUGAAUUACAUUGCACUUGAUAGCCUUAUCGAGAAGAAAGGAGCCCUACGUCAGAUGUUUGUCAGUCCCGAGUGGCAGGAAAGUAGAUAUGCCCAGGCCGGCACUGAAGGAAGCAGAAUGGAAGACUUGGUAAAGAGGCAGUCAUUCUGGCAGCGGGCCAAUGCGAUAGUCAAGGCUAUCAAACCAUUAUAUCAAGUGCUGCGGGCUGUGGAUAGCGAGAGGUACCCCCAGAUGGGCUUUUUGUAUCACAUGAUGGAGAAGGCAAAGGCUCAGAUCAUGGAGGCAGAUGUAGCCCAUGCCCAGGAGUACAUCGACAUCAUUGAGCAGCGGUGGGGAGCCCAAAUGGGUAGGGAAUUGCAUCUAGCAGCAUACUAUCUGAAUCCCCGGUUUCAGUACGAGAGUGGAAUUGGUAUGGAUGAUGAACUUCUUCAUGCUCUGCGUAAUGUUAUUUAUAAGAUGGAGCCUGAUCCAGAAGUCGCCGCGUCAUGUAUAUAAGAGGUAACUAUGAUUUAGUAACAUAUGUAAAUAUAUCGGAUCUUAUAUUAUUGACAUACUUCAACAAACUUCUUUCCACAGACCAAAUUAUUUAGAGAGGGCAGCCAUAGCUUUGGACAGCGACCAGCUGUCGUGAGCAAGACAACUAUGAAUCCAGGUACAAUACAAAUCUGCAAGACACCUCUGCAUCUGAAUUAUCUUCAACUAUGAGGCCAUCAUAUAUGUAAAAUGUAAUUAUCUUCAAUAUUUUUGCAGCUGAAUAGUGGAUUCAUUUUG